ACUUAAAUUAAAUAUUUCAAACUUUCUUCCUCCUUAAAUUCCCUCAUGUAUAAGCAAAGAAUCUUAUAUUUAUACUUAAAUUAAAAUAAAAAGGACCCAUUUUUAUUUUUAUUUUUGUCCAAAAUGGAGCUGCCGGAGAUGGAAUCAAUGGCGACGGCGAUCGGAGUAUCGGUACCGGUGCUUCGAUUUCUACUCUGUUUUAUCGCCACCAUUCCGGUGAGCUUCCUCCACCGUUUUGUCCCUUCCGCCACCGGAAAACACCUAUACGCCGCGGUGAUGGGCGGUGUUUUGUCCUACUUGUCGUUUGGAUUCUCUUCGAAUCUUCAUUUUUUGGUGCCUAUGGUUUUGGGUUACGGUUCUAUGGUUGUAUCGAGGAGUUAUUGUGGGAUCAUCACUUUCUUCAUUGCUUUUGGUUACCUUAUUGGAUGCCAUGUUUACUACAUGAGUGGGGAUGCGUGGAAGGAAGGAGGUAUUGAUGCAACGGGAGCGUUAAUGGUGGUAACACUGAAAAUAAUUUCAUGUGUGAUCAAUUACCAAGAUGGAUUGUUGAAGGAGGAGGAUUUGCGUGAGGCUCAGAAGAAAAAUCGUUUGCUCAAGUUGCCAUCUGUACUUGAGUACUUUGGUUACUGUCUCUGUUGUGGAAGUCAUUUUGCUGGUCCAGUGUAUGAAAUGAAGGAUUACCUUGACUGGACGGAGAGAAAAGGCAUCUGGAAAUCUACUGAGAAAGGACAUCCA